CCUGCGCCCCAGCCCCGCGCUGCGUCUGCGCUGUGGCCCGAGCGAGGGGCGCGGAGCGGGCGCUCCCGCUGGGGCCGUCGCGGUCAUGGCGCCGCCGCGCCGCCCGGGCCUGCUGCUGGUGCUGGUGCUGCCGUGGCUCGGUGGAACGCGGGCUCAGGACACCUGUGCGCCUCCAGAUCGGCUGCCAUAUGCUGAGCUCCAGGAGCCUUUCAACACAAUGAAGAGCUUCACUGUUGGAACCAAGGUGUCUUACACUUGCCGGCCAGGGUAUAUAGGAAUCCCCAGAAAAUCACCAACUCGUACAUGUGGUGAAGACUUACAGUGGUCACCCAUAGAGCAGUUCUGUACAGAGAGAAAGUGUCAGCAUCCAGGAGAUUUAGAACAUGGUUUUAUUAAUGUGACGGAUCUUACAUUUGGAUCAAAAGCUACUUUUUCUUGCGAAGGAGGAUUCCGAUUACGUGGAACUGAUGAGAUUUCCUGUGUGAUUAAGGAUAAUGGUGUUGACUGGAAUAGAGAUCUUCCUUUCUGUGAAAGAAUUCCUUGUGAACCACCUCCAAGCAUAGCCAAUGGGCGUUACACUGAAGCAGCUGGCUAUGCUUAUCAAACAUCAGUAACCUAUACAUGUGAUGAUGUCCCAAAAGGCACAGAUCCCUUCUCACUGAUUGGACCAAAUACUAUUUUCUGCACAUACAAUGCACAGUCAAAUGGAGUUUGGAGUGGACCACCUCCACAGUGUAAAGUGGUCAAAUGUGAGAACCCAAGAGUUGCAAAUGGCAAAAAAAAAUCUGGAUUUGGACCUUCCUAUAGCUAUGGGGACUCAGUUAUGUUUGAGUGUGAUCCAGGCUAUUUCAUGAUCGGAGAGGAGAUAAUUACCUGUGAAGAAAAUAGCACCUGGUCUCCUCCACAACCAACUUGUGAGAAAAUUACUCGAAGUAUGUGUGAUGCCCCAAAGAUCACGCAUGGAGCAGUGGUCCCAGCGAAGUCUGUAUAUGAAAGAGGAGAGUCUGUUCGCAUAAAGUGCGGUGCUGACUGUGCUUUUCCCGAUGGCGCUGAAGAGAUGACAGUAACUUGUCAAGGCCAGAAUACGUGGAGUUCUUCACAAAACUGCAUGUGUGGGCCUAAAAGUUCUGGUGUCACUCCAGACAUUGCUUAUGGUAGAGUAAUUGAUGGACAAAAACCUUCGUAUUCUGUUGGGGAUGUUAUUACGAUUGAAUGUUAUGCAGGCUACACGUUACACGGUGAAGCUCGUAUUGAGUAUAAUGGAGAAAACCAAUGGAUUCCUGGAGUGCCAACUUGCCAGUUAAGUGCAUAUAUUGUGGCCAUCAUCUGUGUGAUUGUGGCAAUUGUGGUGUUCCUGGCAGCCUUCUGGGUCUAUAAGAAAUUCUUUUCACAAAAUGGGAAACGUGACAGCACUCCAUGUACUGCCGAAUAUAAGAUCUGUAAAGCAUGAAAUGACCUUUUUUUUGGGGUGGGAGGGAAUUUUGCAGUUGAAUAUACCUAUCAGAAAUGGAAAAUGAUUGCACUUGCAUUGAGUUUCUGUAGAUUAAUAUCUUGUGCUGUGUCUUAUACUACUGAUUAGUAGGGUAAGAAUAAUAUAUAUCUGCUUUUUUUUACGGGCCACUUGUCUUUUCUGUGUAUGUGAAAUGGUUUUAAAGUCACAUACCUAUAGCAUGCAAGAGUGUCUGUGUCGGCGGGAGUACUGGACUUAUCACUGUCAUAGUACCAGCUGCUGCCGCCUGCUGCCUUCAGUGCUACUUCUUUCCUUACAGAAGACUAUCCAGUGUUAGUUUUGCUCACUAAAAUCCAAAUGUGCUUCUCAGUCAUUUUGGUGGUUCUGGUGGUAUAAAUUAUUCUUUUGUCUCUUGUAUUCUGGAAUGUUUUAUUAUUAAUUUCCUUAAGAGAUUGGUGCCACUUAAGGCUAUGUCUUUUUGAAACGACCACAGUUUAGAUCUUUUAUAUACUACCUCUUUGUUUGCCAAAGUUGGUUUCUGUAUAUCUAAUGAAUUAAAGCGUGCCUUUAAAUCAGAGUUUUUUAGCUUUUCUGUUGCCUUUAAGAAGGAAAAAAGCCAUAUAUAUUUCUGGCUCUGUGAUAUAGUCCCAGAAGGACUACAGUGGAUUUGUGGGAAUGGAAGACUGAAGGUUUCUAUAGCGAAGGUAUCCCCUGUCUUUGAAUUUGUUGGCCUAUUGACAGAAGGAAAAAACAGUGGUAGCCAUCUCCUUUCAGGAGCACAGUGUAAGUUCCUUAGGAUACUUGAUUUUUAUUGAGCCUUGAUGUCAGUUUUGGACAUAAUUUGUUGCUUUUCAGGAUAAGAAAAGGGUGCUGUGUGGAUCUAGCUUCGCUUUUUCACUUGAAAUAUAUAUUCCACAUAGAGCAUUUAAUAUUUCUGUAUACAGACUAUGAUGCUAAAUCUAGCUCUGUAAUGCUAGAUUUAGCAUCAGGUAGCUGUUGAGAAACAGAAGCCUUUCCCUGUCAGACUCCCUUCCCUUUUCACGUUAAGGGAAGACCAAACCAGCUUAGUUGCGGGACUGGAUAUGCUGGCCGUUGCAGUAGAUGUAUCACUCUUGAGGUAGCUGCUUGCUUCAGGAAGUGUUCUAGUCAGGACUGAACUCCAGGAGCUCCCAUCACUGCGUUUGCCAUGAGUGGAGACUCAGAUGUGCAUUGAUUGCUGUUACUUUAAAUGCAUACUCGUUACUUCUAAUUCCUUAUUAAAACCAAAAGCUUAAUUAGGGCGGGUUUUGGCUUGCUGAAUCUCUGAGUUUGCUGUCAACAUACAGGCAGCUUGUAAGAACUAGUUUUCUCAGAAAAAACAAAUUGCCUCACUUCAGAUGGCUGAGGCAGCAUUUAAACUAUUCCUGCUUGUCUGUGGAUGGUUGGCACUGCUCUCCCCUGGCGUGAUCAGAUUGUUUGAGUAACAUAGAACUGUUAUAGGGCUUUUUGGGACAAUCCCAGCGGUUGUAUUGUUACAGUGCAUAAUAGUGUCUCGUUAUGAAAAAGGGGUUUUGGCUAUGCAGAAUGACUUGCUGUUCAUUGCCUAGCCGAUACCUAGUUUGAUAACUGUUUGUAAACACUGUGAUACUAUCCUGAAUUGAGCGUGUUGGUCAUUAGCUAGUUUGAUUAUGUAUGGCAUCUUCAAUGUUUUAAAAUAUGCUGAAACGCACUUACUGCUGAAGUGAAAUAACUGUAAAAACUGGCUUUAUUUUUACAUUUUUUUUCCCGGAUGUAAAGACCAGUGAUGACUUGUAAUAUUACAAAUAAAAAUGUUAAAUUA